CGUAGUGUGAAGGAGGGGCAUGUGCACACGACUGUAAAACAAGAAGACGUGAAUGUGAACUCGGGCACUAGAAGGAGGAUUAAGGAUCUGUAGAAAAUGAAUCUUCUUCCCAGCCUGUCAACUGAGACGUGGACGCUCCUUGUAAUCUUAUUCACCCUUCUGGCUUUGUAUAGCAUAUGGCCAUAUAGAUUUUUCAAAAAACUGGGUAUUCCUGGACCUACUCCACUACCAUUCAUUGGAACUUUUCAUCAUUAUAGAAAGGGCUUUUUUAAAUACGACAUAGAUUGUUUCAAAAAAUAUGGAAGAGUGUGGGGGAUUUACGAUGGCAGAGCGCCAGUGUUGGCUGUAACAGACACUGCAAUAAUCAAAACUGUUCUAGUAAAAGAGUGCUAUUCUCUUUUUACAAAUAGGCGGAAUUUUCAGAUUAACGGCCCUCUAAAUGAUGCAAUCACACUUGCAGAAGAUGACCAAUGGAAAAGAAUUCGCAGUGUUCUGUCUCCAUCCUUCACCAGUGGACGACUGAAAGAGAUGUUUCCAAUUGUGAAACAUUAUGGUGAGAACUUGGUGAAGAAUGCAGAGAAAGCAUCAAAAGAGAAUAAGCCUGUGUCAAUGAAAGACUUCUUUGGUGCGUAUAGUUUGGACGUUAUGGCCAGCUGCUCCUUUAGUGUGGACGUUGAUUCUGUCAACAACCCUGAUGAUCCAUUUGUGACCAAUAUAAAAAAGAUGCUUAAAUUCAGUUUCUUUAACCCAUUUCUUCUGCUUAUAAUUUUAUUUCCUUUUGUGAUUCCACUACUGGCAAAACUGAACUUCACCGUGUUUCCCAAAUCAAUCAUGGAAUUUUUCUAUGAAUCUCUUAGAAGAAUUAAAGCCGACAGAAAAAAAGGUGUCCACAAUAAUCGUGUAGACUUUCUUCAGCUUAUGGUUGAUUCUCAAAUGACAGAGACCAACUCUCACUCCGAACAGGAAGUGCAAAAAGGUUUGACAGACCAUGAGAUUUUGACUCAGGCCUUUAUCUUCAUUGCUGGUGGAUAUGACACUACGGGCUCAGGCAUCGCUUUCUUGGCGUUGAACCUGGCUGCCCAUCCAGAGGUAAUGCGGAAGGUUCAGGAAGAAAUAGACCUGGUUCUUCCAAAUAAGGCUCCUGUGACAUAUGAUGCCCUGAUGGAAAUGGAGUACUUAGAAAUGGCAAUCAAUGAGUCCUUGAGAUUGUACCCUCCAGGUGGACGAUUAGAGAGAGUCUGUAAGAAGACCGUAGAGAUAAAUGGAGUGACCAUUCCGAAAGGAACAGUGGUUAUGAUACCAGCCUUUGCUCUACACAGUGAUCCAGAAUAUUGGCCUGAGCCAGACAAGUAUAAACCUGAAAGAUUUAGCAAAGAAAUGAAAGAAACAAUGGACCCCUAUGCAUUCUUGCCAUUUGGAGCAGGUCCUAGAAACUGUGUUGGAAUGAGAUUUGCUAUUAUUCUCGUGAAAAUGGCUGUGGUUCAACUGCUUCAAAAAUUUGACUUUGUUCUUCCAAAAGAGACACAGUACCCACCUGAGCUUAGUAUCCAAGGAUUACUGCAGCCAAAGACUCCAUUGUGGCUCAAAUUUGAGCCACGAGUUUCUAAGACAAAUGAAGAAGAAGAAUGCAUGAAGAGUUCUGGUGAUGCUGAAGUUACAAAGUGAAUGGACGCAGUCAACCCCAGGGGCCAACUUGGCCUAUAUGGGUAUUCCACACAUUAGUGGAAAUUCCACAUAGUAAUUUGACUAGAAGGGCCAGGUUCUUAAAUCCAUACAAAUCACACAUGAGUAACAUCAGAUCUGCUUCAGGGAAAUGCAUUCAAUGGCUCCCACUUAAAUCACAACGCUCACUGCUGCUGCUUUAACGUUGGGAUUUCUACACAGCACUCUUAAUGCUGCACCCUCAAUCACAAAACUCACAGCCUAAAUUGGCCCCUUUCUGUCGUCAGUCUUCCUUCAUCUGCCUCUUGACUAAACAUUUCUCUUUCAAAUUGCUUCUUAAAUGUCCUCCAUUGCUGGCGACAUCACAGACAUUCUGACAGAUACAGAAGCUUUGCUUUUGAUGUCUGCAUGACCUGCUGUGCCAUCACCUAUAACCCCUGAUCUGGACCACAGCAGAACACCCGCCUACACUAUUUAUGCACCAAAGGUCCAGGCAGCAGAGCUCAUCUUCAUUGUACCACACAUUGUGGUUUCUAAAAGUGGUUGGGCCAACUGUACCAUCUGAUCGGCGUUUUUCUGACGCCCUUUAAACUGUACAGAGCAUACUGCCCUAGUGAUGUCUUUGUUUGCUUUUUUAGUGUAAAAAUUAACCCAGUCACAUAGCAUCAAGCAAGGGUACAAUAUUUCAGCCAUUUUGUCUUUAUCAUUCUUUAAGCCUCACUUAAAAAAAUGAUCUGUUUUUAGAUUUAACAGACUUGCCUUUUCAGACAGCUGAUGCCUUUUCUUUAGAAUUCUGUCUUAAACAAUGUAUACGUACAGCUGAAAUGCUUAUUUUAUAAAAGACGACACAAUAGUCUAAUACACUCAAGUAUUUUAUUCAGCGUUUGACACAUUACAUUUAACAUAACCACAGCGCCUAGAAGUUUUAGCCAACUUAGAUUUCUUAUAUUUCUGUUAUUGAUAUUGCAGACUCAAAUAAACACUUUAUAAUGGACUUGCAUAUA